AUAAAAAUGAUGCUUCCUGAGCUGGACACCUGACAUCUUGUCUUAAAAUGCGAGAGGAUGGAUAGCGCAACCAGCCCCGCGUCAGAGUCUGGUCUUUCCAAUGGAUUUGUCAAUAGCGUGUUCAACGUUUCAGUUGACGAAGAGAGCAAAACUGAGAUCUCAUGGACUCCAGAGUGCAAUUCCUCAGACUCCAUUAUUCCCGGUCAGACGCUCAGAAGAGAAAAACAGGAACCGGUCCGGCGCUCUAGGACGGCGGCCUUCUGGAGGAUCCUGCAGCGCCACAAGACCCCCUCGGACCUGGACAGACGACCUCACUCCGUCAUCCUCCCCGGUGAAGCAUCCUUCUUCAAACUGUCCAUCACUAACAAAGUCAGGCCCUUCAAGAAACUAAAGUCCCCAUCUGUUUUUAGAGGGAAAGCUGGAAAGAUUUCUGAUGCCAAAUUCAACACUGACCUGAAAGACGAGGCUGAUGAUGUGUACAUGUGCAAGGACUCUCCUUCUUCAGACUUCAAGCAUGUGUUUAGGAAUAAAGCCAAGAGACAUUCGUUCGCAGGACACACUGCAGACUUCUACUGUUCGUUUGAGGACAUCGCCCCCGCUGGAAUCCCAGACAACAUCCAGCAGGAGACCAAAGACACCAUUAGCAACCAAAACGGCUGUAAGUUGUCAGAAAGAGUCAUAUAUACGAAGAAAUCUCACCCCAGCUUCUCAAACUGCAACAAUUCAUCUGCAACGGAGCAGGAGGAAUGCUAUGUGAAGCAAAGCCUCAAGAUACCUCAAAGAAGACGAUGGUCCAGGGGGGGAGACGUUUUGAAUUACUUGAGAAGAAUUUCCCUCAAAGGAAAAGGAAGUCAGACGUUGGCAGAGAGUAGUUUUGGGUCAAUGAAUGCCCUGGACAAAACCAUCGAUUCUGACUACGGCUCGGUCAACUUUGAACUGGUCAAGGAUUUGAACUCUGCACCUGAACAAACAGGCAUUGAUGGCAAAAGCAGCCACUUUCGAGGCCUUCUCCGAUUUUUUAACACUGUGGCUGAGACUGCAAUGAAAUGGAGAAACUCGUCCCGCUCGUUCUCCCCCCCUGAAGGCCAGCAGUCGCCUCUUGGUUUGAGAAAGACACAGCAGUCAGGAGAUCUUGUGCCUUUGACAGUCAGGAGCAGUGAGCAGAAAGCUGAUACCUCAGUUCAAGGUAAACCUACGUUAUCUUCUGACAUGAGCAAGGCAGUCUCGCCUGUUAGUGCCAUGGUGGAUUGCUCUCCUCCUGUGGUGCUGAAGGCCUGGAGAACAUGCCCAGACUCUCCGAGAGAUAACACUUCCCUGUGUAAUAACUCGGAUGAAUCCCAGUCUCAGCUCAGCUCAACUCACAUCUCUCUAGCCACCAUCGAGAGCCACCCAAGAUCUGAAGAGCUAGAGCCACCAAAAGAGACACAAUCUGACUUUGAAAACUCCAUCCCACAUCACUUAUCUAGCAAAACUGUUGAUGAAAACCAACAUAUUUGCACGGAUAGGAAAAAAAUGAACUGCCCGGAGGACAUAUUUAAGAGCCUCUCGCGGCCCCCAGGCCAGUCGCCUGCAGAUCCUCCUCUUAAAGCUCUGCUCCAGCGGUGUCGCUCUCUGCCGCUGCCGACCACGCUGUCUGCACUGGAGCCCAUUGCCCUGACACACGUGCUCACCCCUCCAGCUAAGACCAUGGCUAAAUCAGUCGUUCUCCGCAUGAGGAACAGCAGCACAGGAUCCAACAGACGCAAGCUGUUUAGACCAGGAUCAGGACCACUGCAUGUCAACAUGUUGAUCAGCGGCGGUUCGGUGGUCAGCGCAGAGGCAGUAUGGGAUCACGUGACGAUGGCCGAGAGGGAGCUGGCGUUCAAGGCGGGAGACAUCAUCAAGGUCCUGGACGCCUCCAAUAAAGACUGGUGGUGGGGUCAGAUGGAUGACGAGGAGGGCUGGUUCCCCGCCAGCUUCGUGAGGGUCGAUCCCCACCCUCCUCAACCUUACACAAAACCAGUUUUCUAUAUCAACCCUAUAGCAACUCCAAGGUUCCAUAACACAACAGCAAAGCUCUGGGUUAAUCAGGAUCGUGCAGAAUCAGCUGAGGGUGCCAGCGAGGUGCAGAAUGGACACACCGACCCAAGCAACGGCUGCCUGUGCAUCGGCCAACCACUGCAGAACCGAGACCAGAUGAGGGCCAACGUCAUCAACGAGAUCAUGAGCACCGAGCGCCACUACAUCAAACACCUGAAGGACAUAUGUGAGGGCUACUUGAGGCAGUGUCGAAAGAGGAUUGACAUGUUCAAUGACGACCAGCUAAAAGUGAUUUUUGGAAACAUCGAGGAUAUCUACAGAUUUCAAAUGGGAUUUGUGCGGGAUUUGGAGAAACAGUACAACAUUGAGGAACCCCAUCUUAGUGAAAUUGGUCCAUGUUUUCUGGAACAUCAAGACGGUUUCUGGAUCUAUUCAGAGUACUGCAACAACCACCUGGAUGCCUGCAUGGAGCUCUCUAAGCUGAUGAAAGACGGCCGCUAUCAGCACUUUUUUGAAGCCUGUCGCCUCCUCCAGCAGAUGAUUGACAUCGCAAUUGAUGGCUUCCUCCUCACCCCUGUGCAGAAGAUCUGCAAAUAUCCACUACAGCUGGCCGAGUUACUGAAGUACACAGGACAGGAUCAUAGUGAUUACCGUUAUGUGGCAGCAGCGCUCGCUGUCAUGAGGAACGUCACACAACAAAUCAAUGAGCGCAAAAGAAGACUGGAGAACAUUGACAAGAUCGCUCAGUGGCAGGCCUCAGUGCUGGACUGGGAGGGUGAUGAUAUUCUGGACAGAAGUUCAGAGCUGAUCUACACGGGUGAGAUGUCGUGGAUCUAUCAGCCUUAUGGCAGGAGUCAGCAGAGAGUCUUCUUCCUUUUCGAUCAUCAGCUGGUCCUGUGCAAAAAGGACCUGAUCCGCCGGGACAUUCUUUACUACAAAGGGCGCAUUGACAUGGAUCGCUAUACAGUGAGAGAUGCUGUUGAUGGACGGGACGACGACUUUAAUGUCAGCGUGAAAAAUGCAUUCAAGCUGCACAACAGAGACAGCGAGGAGAUCCACGUCUUCCUGGCCAAGAAGCCGGAGGAGAAGAUCCGCUGGCUGAGGGCUUUUCACGAGGAGCGCAGGAUGGUCCAAGAGGAUGAAAAAAUCGGUUUUGAGAUUUCUGAAUAUCAGAAACGACAGGCUGCCAUGACGGUGCGUAAAGUGGCCAAACAGAAAGGUGUGAGUCAGAGCAGGUGCGUCUCCCCGGCGGACCCCUCGUCUCACGGACCCUUCAUGCUCUCCGAUGACACUCCACAGUCAGAUCUAGUUGAAUUCCAUGUCUCCAAAUCAGGACAAUCUCCAUUCUGGCAAAACUUUAAUAAGUUGACAUCAUUAAAAAAUGGGAAAAAAUAGUUAGAGUCUUGGUCUGAAUGCUCCCAGCAAUGACGUUCAAGCUCAAGUGUAUUCAUUAUGGAUCUUAAAAACACCAGGAAGCUCCAUCUGGAUAUCACUGACAAUCACGAGCCUGAUGUAAUCGUACCUGUCCAGAGCCCAAACACACCUCAGAGAACCCUCUGCCCAGAUGUUCACAUGUGUCAUUCACUAUUAUUGUAUCUCCACUUUGAAGUGACCAGCAUGCAAUGAUAGCCAUCAAAUUGAUACAUGUCUCAAAGGUUUGUUAGCAGCUUAGACAUCUGCUCCACAGUCCGUCUGUCUGCAGGUUAAUGAUGAAGAUCAUAGACCUGAGGAUGCUGAUGUGGACCAUACACUACAAAUUAAAAAGCGGGAUGAAAGAUUGUAAGCUUUACACACAAUUAACAAUCAAAUCGUCUAAACAGGGUAUUGCUUUCUAAUUCACAGAGGUGUUUUUAUCAGUCUGAGGAACGUGGAGUUUGACAACAUGAUUAUUCCUAGUAUUAGUGAACAAGAUUUGUGAACGUGUCACAAUCUCAUAUCAUGCUCUCCUCAAUCAGUCACACACGUUGUAUAUUGACUGAACUCAUUUCAUAUGACAACUAUAUAUGUUUUUGUAUGUCUAUAAAAGGUAAAGUAGAUUUUUGAAUUCGCCUCCAAAGGGGGUUAUUUUUGAUUGUAUUAUAUAAUUACUCUGUAGUAAGCACACUGAAACCAAUCAUAUGCUUUGUAUGUGAGGUUUUGUUGUUGUUCAUUUGUAAUAGCUACUCUGAAUACUAUUUAUUACUGUACUUAAUGGCAAAUAAUGAGCAAGUUUUUAUACAUACAGUAAUGUGCAGAAGUCCUGGGCCAUGAAAAAAGAAGGUAUAUAUAUAU